GACAAUAAAUCCCACCCACCCACCUCCACUCUCUACUUCCCUUUGAAGCAUCACUCAUCUUUAUAAACACCCAUCCAUCAUUAAUUACAACCCAAGAUUUCAAAUUUAAAAAAUGACCAAUCUUUUGUGGCUUUGCCUUGUCCUAUGGAUUUCAACAGCCACACUUUUUACAACCUCCUCUGCUAUGCCACCACCAAAUCCGAUUAAAUGCAAUGACAUUAACUCAAAUUGCCAACUCUCCAACUCCUACGGUGUUUGGGGUGAUAGACAAACAUGUCACGCCCCAAACAUCGUCUAUCCAACAACCGAAGAACAACUUCGUCAAGAAUUAGCCAAUGCAAACAAAAACAACCUUAAGGUCAAAAUCGUCACGAAAUUUUCACACACAAUUCCUAAACUAGCAUGUCCUAGUAAUUCAAAAAAUUCCCUCUUCAUAAGUACCGAAAAAUAUGACUCUACGAUCGAUAUUAACAUGGAAAGACUUACGGUCACUAUUGAUGGUGGAGUUGGACUACGUAAACUUAUCGAUACGAUAGAAAAAGCGGGAUUGAGUUUGGUAGCGUCUACGUAUUGGGAAGGCGUGACGGUUGCCGGAGUAAUUAGCACGGGGGCUCACGGUAGUUCGUGGUGGGGCAAAGGAGGAGCAAUUCAUGAUCAUGUUAUUGGUCUUAAUCUUAUUGUACCGGCUAAUGAAAAUGAAGGUUAUGCUAAAGUAAUUAAAUUGACACCACAAGAUCCACUUUUCAAUGCUGCUAAAGUUUCUCUUGGAUUGCUUGGCAUCAUUUCUAAGGUGACGUUUCAAUUGGAGCCAGCAUUCAAGAGAAGUAUAACAUUAAAUUUCACAAAUGAUAGUGGUAUUGAAGAUGAAUUUAUGGAACAUGCAAGGAAAAAUGAAUUUGGUGAUAUUCAAUGGUACCCUUCUAGACAAAUUGCUGUGUAUAGAUAUGAUAAUAGAGUCCCCUUAAACACACCUGGUGAUGCUCUCAAUGAUUUUCUUGGAUUUCAAUCUAAUCCUAUUUUGGUCUCCAAAUCUGUUCGAGCCGCAGAAAAGGGGUUUGAAAAUACAAGAAACGUUGGUGGAAAAUGCACAAUGGCAAGUUUUUUCGUGGCAUACAAAAAAUUGAUAGCAAAUGGAUUAAAAAACAACAAAUUAAUCUUCACUGGUUAUCCAGUAGUAGGCCAUCAAGGCAAAAUGCAAUCUUCAGGUUCUUGUUUAUACUCAUCCUCUAUAGACAUCACUAGCACAUGUGCUUGGGAUCCAACAAUCAAUGGACUCUUCUUCUAUGAAUCCACAGCCAUAUUCCCAUCUUCUAAAUUCGGAAAUUUCAUACGUGAUGUUAAAAAAUUACGCGAUUUAGUCAAGCCAGAGAACAUGUGUGGGGUUGACAUAUAUAACGGAUUUCUAUUUCGUUUUAUCAAGGCCUCGGAUGCAUAUUUAGGCCAAGGGGAAGAUUCAGUGGUCGUUGAUUUUAACUACUAUCGCGCUAGUGAUGCCUUGACCCCGCGAUUUAAUCAAGAUAUUUGGGAGGAAAUUGAACAAAUGGCAUUUUUAAAGUAUGGGGCUAAGCCACAUUGGGCUAAAAAUAGGAAUGUAGCAUUUGUUGAUGUACAAAAAAAGUAUCCAAAAUUUAACAAGUUUAUUGCUGCAAUGGUACAAUUGGAUCCUAAAAAUAUGUUUUCUAGUGAAUGGUCUGAUGAAAUAUUGUUUGGGAAACAAGAAGGUUUAAAAAGUGAUGGAUGUGCCUUAGAAGGGAUGUGUAUUUGUUCAGAAGAUAGGCAUUGUAGUCCAUCAAAAGGGUAUUUUUGUAAGCCAGGACUUGUUUAUCAACAAGCACAUGUGUGUAGGUUUUCAUCAAUUUCAAUAAGUUGAAUAUACAUUUUAUGUAGUGGAAAUUGAUGUCUAAAUAAAUGAAAAAUGACAUAUUUUAAGUGA